GAUGCUGCAGAUGUUCACAUCCCUGCUCUUCUGAUGUCUGAGACAUACAGCAGGCUCCCAAACAGAUCACUUGUGUUGGCUGCCUGUGCUGCCUGUAUAGGGGGAACCUUUCAGUUUGGAUAUAAUAUCUCUGUCAUCAAUGCACCCACAACGGAUGUGCAUAAUUUCAUCAACCAAACCUGGAUUGAGCGUUACCAGACUGGCAUACCAGAAAAUGUUCUCACCCUGCUUUGGUCCACUAUUGUGUCUAUAUUCACCAUAGGGGGGCUGUUAGGAGUGACAGUCGGUGGGACACUGUCUGUGAAGCUUGGAAGGAAAGGGACACUGUUAGCAAAUAAUGCAUUUGCAAUAAUCGCUGCUCUGCUGAUGGGUCUGAGUUACCCCACAGGAUAUUAUGAAUUACUCAUCAUCGGACGUUUUGUCACUGGAUUAAAUGCAGGCAUUGGUCUUUGUGUUCAAGCUCUGUACCUGGGGGAAAUAGCUCCGACUGCAUUUCGUGGGGCCAUGGGAAUGGGAACCUCUAUUUCCAUCACUUUAGGGCUCUUAGCUGGACAAGUGGUUGGUCUCAAAGAGCUCCUGGGUAAAGAAGACAGCUGGCCCAUCCUGCUCGCCACCACAUGUGUCCCAGCCUUCCUGCAGCUCCUGAUCCUGCCCUGGUUCCCCGAGAGCCCGCGCUACCUGCUCAUCGACAGAGGAGAUAGUGAAGGAUGCAAGAAAGCCCUGAAGCAACUGCACGGUGUAUCUCGCUGUGAUGGCGAACUUGAUGAUAUCGAGAAGGAGAAGAGAAGUUUGUCAGAUUUCAAGGCCAAGACACUCUGGGAGCUGUUAUGUGAUCGUAGCGUCCGCUUGCAGCUUCUCACCGUGGUGCUGCUCAACGUGGCACAGCAGCUGAACGGCAUCAAUGCUAUUUACUUCUAUGCAAAUUACUUGUUCACACAAUCUGGUAUCUCUGCUGAAAGAAUUCCAUAUGUGACCCUUGGCACUGGUGCCUGUGAACUCGUCACAGCUUUAACAUGUGGUAUGGUCAUUGAUCGCCUGGGAAGGAAAGUGCUCAUCAUGGGAGGAUACAUACUGAUGAGCAUCUGCUGCAUAUUAUUCACGCUGUCGCUCUCUUAUCAGAGUGCCAGCCCCAUAGUUCCUUACUUGAGCAUAGCUAGUGUGUUUGCUUUUAUCCUCAGUUUUGGCUUAGGACCAGGUGGUGUGACUAACAUCUUGACCACUGAACUCUUCACUCAAACAACACGCCCUGCAGCCUACAUUAUCGCAGGAUCCUUGAACUGGUUGAGCUUCUUCUUCAUCAGCAUGAUCUUCCCUUUUCUUGUGGUUUGGCUGGAGCAGUAUUGUUUCCUCGUCUUCAUGGCCGUCUGCACCUGUAUGGCCAUAUACAUUUUCUUUGUCCUUCCUGAAACCAAGAACAAAACCUUUGUUGAAAUCCAGAAUGAGUUCAAGUCCUCCAAAAAGGCCCGCACUGUCGAUGCAACAGGGAUGACGCAGUUAUUAUCUAUAUAACAUAUUACCCAUGAAUACAGCAAUUAAAGCAUUUUUG